UUAAGUUAAUCAGUUCAUCAUUUUUCUCUAGCAGAUACACAAGCUUCUCAAGUCAUACAACUAAACAGCAAUCAACUAACAACGAACAUAAUCAAAAUGAAAUUCCAAGUAUCUUUCGCUCUACUCGCCGUCGUCAUGUGCUUCGUCUCUGCCUACGCCGCCGAACAGUCAGCAAAACAGUCGUCUCAAUCAGCCGCCCCUGCCGCCGCCGGAGACCGCAACAAACGUGGUCUGCACGCUUCGCCUUACCUGGCCGCCCCGUACGCCGCAUCGCCAUACGUGGCCUCACCAUACUUAGCCUCGCCGUACGUUGCUUCGCCGUACGUGGCAUCGCCCUAUGUAGCUUCCCCGUACGCCGCCGCGCGGUACGUCGCUUCUCAUCACCCGUACGGCGCCGUGUCGUCUUACGCUACUUACCCGUACGUUUCCAAGACUUUCGCUUCACCGUACGCUUAUUACCCAUGAGUGAAGACAUAGCAUCGGCGCGAUGGUUCUGCCGCUACACCAGCAUCACCAUGUGCGAGCAUUAAACCAAUACCAGAGUUACCAUGGCAAGAAACGUGUAUAAUAUAGGUACAGCUAUGCAUCAACGAUCCUUCUAUAAUAUAAGUAAAAUAUUGUAGCAAUAUCUAU